UAAAUUCUCUAAGUCUAUGGUUUAAAUGGUCGUAUUUGGCAUUAUAACUUCGUUCCGAUCAACAUUAUUUAAAUUAAAAUAACAAGUGAAUUGUGAUGAAUUUAGUUGGUUUUUUACCAGUCUAACGGUUAUUUAAGGUUGUAACUAGUAGAAAUAUGGAUUUGUCAAGUAGUAUAAGUGAACAGCUACGCAAAUUAUGCGUUGUAUUGUCGUCAGAUCCAGAUGCGGCUCAUGAGUUAGCAGUGUCAUACCUCACACCUCCUGGUAAGAAGAUUCGUUCGAUUCGAGAUGAGAGGCAGCUAUGUUCCAAGAUACACUCUCAUCUUUUCUCAGGGUCGGCCAAAGAUGCAGAAAAAUUUGAUGAAUGUUAUUCUAAAUUGAAGCAAUGUAUGGUGUUCAAACAGCGGGCUGCAGUACUUACUUUACUUCUGACAUUGUCAGAGUCAAAGCAGGACAAACAAUCCACCCAUCAACUUUUUCCAAUUCCAAAUUUGCCCUCAUUACAAUCGGGUAAUGGUAUACCAGCUUCAAGUACUAGCAGCAAAGUAACAGUUGCGUCAAGUUGGGACAACAAUCUACCAAAACAGGGCUCCAAUCAGAGUCUCCCAUCAAACCAAAGCAACAUGGUACUAGCUCUGCCAACAACAGAUAGUGCAUCCAGUGAGCGUAGUUGCAUCCGAGAUGUGGUUCUAGCAGCCACUGGAAUCAAAACCCGCAACGCCUGCAAUGGACCCCGACCUAUGCAGAUGCUAUAUGCGCGCAUAGCGCAUCUAGGCUUCCUCCAUGACAGGCUCAAAGAGUUCAUUGACCCCAACUCUGGCUUAAUGCCUCAAGGUCUUAUGGGUGAAGGUUUAGUGUCGUCAAUAAGGGAUGAACUUACAGAGUACUAUCGCAGUGUUGCCCUCCUUCAGUCACAGGCAUGUGAAGGGGACGGCGGGGGAGCGACUCUGCGGAGGAUUGCAGUGUGGGCCCAAGAGCCUCUACAUCGACUGACGUGGCUUGCUAAUAUUGCCCAUACUGCUUACCACAAAAAAGGUGGUGAGCUGGCCUCCUGCGUACACCGCUUCGUGAGGCACGGAGACGAAAGGGUAGUGGUCCUGGCGCGGCGACUGCUGACUGCGCUUACUUAUCCUCUGCUGCUGAUGCUCACUAGAUGGCUCUUACAUGGCGAAAUUGACGAUCCCUUCAAUGAAUUCUUCAUCGAAAGCAGAAGCGGCGUAGAGAUAGAAAGAAUGUGGCAUGACAAAUACAGAGUCAGGGAAUGGAUGAUGCCAUCAUUCAUAUCCAAGGAGCAGGCGGCGCAGAUCCUGGCCACGGGCAAGAGCGUGGUGUUCAUGCGCGAGGCGUGCCCCAAGGGGUCCACAGACCCCAGCGACCAUGCGGACUGCUUGGAGGCCUUGUUGAAACAUACCACUGAAUCGGAUUCCACGGUACCCUGGUGGGAAGCGGAAGGCUUCCGGUCGUCGGUGGCGGCGGCGCACUCGGCCGUGUCGCUGCGGCUGCUGGACGCGCUCACCGCGCACCACCACAUCGUGGACCACCUGGUGGCGCACCGCCGCUACCUGCUGUUCUCGCAGGGCGACUUCGUGCACCAUCUCAUGACGCUGUUGAAGGACGAGCUAAACAAGCCUGCGACGUCUCUGUUCGUCCACAACCUCACUUGCACGCUGGAGGCCGCCGUGCGCGCCACUUCUGCUCAGUACGAACCCCCGCAUGUGUUAGAGAGUUUACAGGUCAACUUGUAUCACAACGGGGACGGUCGCGACGAAUGCGGCUGGGACGUGUUCGCGCUGCAGUACCACGUGUCGGGCCCGCUCGGCACGCUGUUCCCGCCCUCGUGCGCGGCGCGGUACCGCGCGCUGUUCAGCCAGCUGUGGCGCGUCAAGCGCAUAGAGCAGAGCCUCUACGACGCGUGGCUCGACCACGCCAUACUGCAGAAGAAAUUAAAGCAUAUGCCAGAGGUGUGGGGUCUGAUGCGGCGCGUAUCGUGCUUGCGGGCCGAGGCGCUGCGACUGUGCGGCGCGCUGCAAGAAGCCAGCGGAGUGGCCGUGGAGCCCGCGUGGUGCGCGCUGCUGAGCGCCGCCGCCGACCGCCAGCCGCUCGACGCGCUGCUCGCGCUGCACCGCGCCGCGCUCGAGCGCCACGCCGUGCACGCCAUGAUACACCACACCACGCAGGAGCUGCAAUCCUACCUAGGAAACGUGCUAACUGAAACUCUAGCGUUACGGAGGUUCGAAGCUAAAUUAAAUGCUGGUAUUAACGCGGAACUCGACCGGAGGGACCGAAUAGAACAAGUGAAAGCCGAAAGGGUAGCGAGAGGUGAAUUCGCUAUCACAGCAGCAGAAGAAGCCAAGGAUAAAGAAGAAAGGAAGGCGUUCCACCAGUUUUUGACAAGUCGAAAAGCCGAUCUGAAUGUCUGGGCUCGCACAUAUAGGGUGCACGUGACAUCGCUGAUCCUCAAGCUGGCCCUGCACGGCGAGGUGUCGCUACAGACGCUGGCCUUCCGGCUCGACUACAGCGACUUCUACAAGCGCGGCGACGCCAAGCUGCACCACCCGCUCACCUACCAGCACAAGCGGCUCAGCGAGAUCGGAAUCAGCUUGGCCAAGAGUAAAGUGAUAGAUCGCUCCAAGAAGAAGUGACGUUUCGUAAUCACGAAAGUAAAGACGGCGCCUCUGAGGUGCUUGCCGUGCCCGGAGCUCGGUUGUCUUCGGACUCUUCGGGUCAGCUGACCAGGACCUUGAAUACAACUAAAACCAAUAUAACGGCCUAUUAGAAUGUGCAUCACAGGUCAAGCGUGAAUUGUUCUUCGGAAAAAAUUCAAGACUUGGCUGGUUACUUUGGAAAGUUUUCCCUGCCUAAUAUCAAAUAAAAAUAAACGUACCUAAGUUUACUGGAUCUAAUGCGGAAUACCACUAACUAAAUAUCUAAUUAGGUGGUGCAUGUUAAUGCGAUUACGAUAGAUAUAUUAUGGUGAAUCGCCGACUCGUGACAGCGGCCGGUUGUGCUAGCCCCACUAUACAAUUCUACACAAAAACAACUGACAUAAUGACGCACCGACUGAAUAUGAGUCAGCCUCAAACUUGUUAAAACUCUCAACUUAUUAGUAAUUGUCAUUAAGUAUUUUAAUUGUGAUACUUGUACUAUCAGUGUAACUUGCCAAGUCUUUAUUUAAGUUGUUAAGAACUUUUCUUAACUUAUGCCACAAAAAGAUAUUAGUAAGAAAACCCACAAUAAUGAACUGUCUAAUAAUUGUAACAUGUUCUAUGACUAUUUAAUAUAGGCAACCUUUUAUAAUGUUGAUCAUUCCUUUAGUCUUCCUAUAAUGGGUGUAUAAAGGAUAUUUUGGUAGUGUCCUUAAGGUUCCAUUUUCAUUGGCUAGUCAUGUCAGCUCUAGCGUGAAAUGUGAGAAUAUGUGAGAACUUGAUACUGAAUUAUAUUGAGAAGGAACAGGGCUCUUAUAAGUAAAUCGAUCCGACCACAAAUAUGUUAUUCCAAUAUGUUACAUAUUUUUAGGUUUUUUUUUUACCUUUAGGAGCCGCAUUGUGGCUCUUAACAAAUGUGUGGUCUGAUUGCUACGGCCACAAAAAGUAAUAAUAUAACCCAAAAUUAUUUUCUAAUUCCUUAUGUAUCUAGAAUAUAUGCGUUAACCCACCUUAAACUUGCCAUAGACUAAAACAAUCUCAAACAGCUUUGAAUGAAUAUGAAUCUCUAUAAGUGCCAUUAUUAUUGCAUUUAAUUUAAUUGAAAUAUCACGCCCUUAAUAAACAUGACAAAUCGUUGAACAGUA